CAGUACUAAAAGCAAUGAAUAGGGUUCAGCAAAUGGACAUCAACAUUAUUUUAAAAAUGAAGUAACUGUAAUCCAGUUGUAUCACUUCUCCUGCCCUGAAGCAUGUUAAUUAUAAGAAAGAUAUUAAAAUCAUCAUAAAUGUUGAUAGGAUCCUUCUGCAUUGAGCACCAGGAACACAGAAAGGUUCUCCACUGUCGAUGAUAUUUCUAGGUAAGAGUGUGGUGUAGUGUUGAAAUGGGGUCAUAUCCAUAAGCACUUGCUGCCCUGUACAUAAGAAGCAAUCAAAGUUUAUUAUAAUCUUCACAAUCCACAUCAUUCCAUCGCUGUGUGUUAGACAUUGAUAGGCACUUCACAUGCAUUCAUUAUCUCAUUAACUCAGCAAAUUAGUGUCAGAGCCCAAAUGUGGACUCAGGACUGACUUGAUCACCAGGUAACCCCGGAUCCCUUGGCACUCUAAACCCCUGAAGAAUGUGAAGUUGCUUCUCAUCACCCUUGACUCUCAGUUCCAAGCACAGCAUUUCAGCAGAGACUGCCUGAGGCCAGGGAUGCAGGCACAGAUGAACAGCUGUUGAAGGCCAGGCUACCUAGUGUGUGUUCUGAGAAUUUAAAAAAUUUUUUUAGUGGUUUUGGGGCUUGAACUCGGGGCUUGGUGCUUGCAAGGCAGGUGUUCUACGACUUGAGCCGUACCUUCAGUCCAGUUUUUAGCUCUGGUUAUUUUGGAAGUGGGGUCUCAUGAACUAGUUUCUCGGUCUGGCCUUGAACUGCAGUCUUCUGAAUCUCAGCCUCCCAGGCAGCUAAGAUUACAGGCAUGACCCACUAGUGCCCAGCUCUGAGAACAUUUUUAAACAGUAGUUUGUUUUUCUCAUAAAAAGUAUACUUUAAAGAGAUGUCAUAUAGAAUUCUAAAUCAGCAUUUUUACCUACUGGUUGUCAUCCACUAGUGGAUUAUGAAAUCCAGUGGUCACAAUCAUGGCUUUUGUAUACAACUGGAGUAGAAUAGAAUAGGAAAAAGUGUGUAUGCAUUCUAUUGAUAAAUAUUGUUUGGCAAAAAUUUUGUACAGGUUCUGGUGCAAAAUGUAUGUUAUACUGUGGAGUUUAAUUUUAGAAAGUUUGAAGAAGUAACACAAACUAUACACUGUAUGAGCUCUGUGGUCUUUUGUGCUCACUGAGAGCUGUUUAAAAAUGGUUUUGUCAUUGCCUUGAGGUUCUCCCUUGCUGAGGGUUAGUACCGAAGAGAGUCCAUGGGUGAUGGAGCGUGUGUUCUUAGCCUGGAAGACGCAGGCAAAGCAGGGUAACCACAUGCUGCUGUGAUGUGCGUGAGUUUGCAGAGCAAAGUCCAGGGUAGAGCUGAUGACCCGCUCCUUACUGAGUGUGUUUGAGGAGGAUGCUGGCACUCUCACGGACUACACCAAUCAGCUGCUGCAGGCCAUGCAGCGUGUGUAUGGAGCACAGAAUGAAAUGUGCCUGGCCACCCAACAGCUUUCCAAGCAACUGCUGGCAUAUGAAAAACAGAAUUUUGCUCUUGGCAAAGGUGAUGAAGAAGUAAUUUCUACGCUCCACUAUUUUUCUAAAGUGGUGGAUGAGCUUAAUGUUCUUCACACAGAACUGGCUAAACAGUUAGCAGACACCAUGGUUCUACCUAUUAUACAAUUUCGGGAAAAGGAUCUCACAGAAGUAAGCACUUUAAAGGAUCUUUUUGGACUCGCCAGCAAUGAGCAUGACCUCUCAAUGGCAAAAUAUAGCAGGCUUCCUAAAAAAAAAGAGAAUGAAAAGUUUGGAGAUAGGGUUUCGAUUUUUGCUGGGGCUGGUCUGGACCAAGAUUCUUCUGUUUUAUGCUUCCUACAACUGCCAGGAUUUUCUGUUGAGAUUUGGUCUCCCAAACUUUUGUUCAGCCUGGCCUUGAACUUUGAUCCUCCUGAUAUUUUUGUGAAGACCGAAGUUGGGAAAGAGGUGGCAGCUGCACGGCGGAAACAACACCUGUCGUCCCUUCAGUACUACUGCGCCCUCAAUGGGCUGCAGUACCGAAAGCGGAUGGCCAUGAUGGAGCCCAUGAUAGGCUUUGCCCGUGGACAGAUUAACUUUUUUAAGAAGGGAGCAGAGAUGUUUUCCAAAAGUAUGGACAGCUUUUUAUCCUCUGUUGCAGACAUGGUUCAAAGCAUUCAGGUGGAACUGGAAGCCGAAGCAGAUAAGAUGCGGGUGUCCCAGCAAGAAUUGCUUUCUGUUGAUGAAUCUGUUUAUACUCCAGACGUUGAUGUGGCUGCACCACAGGUCAACAGGAACCUCAUCCAGAAGGCUGGUUACCUGAAUCUCAGAAACAAGACUGGGCUGGUCACCACCACCUGGGAGAGACUCUACUUCUUCACCCAAGGCGGGAACCUCAUGUGUCAGCCCAGAGGAGCUGUGGCUGGAGGUCUCAUCCAGGACCUGGACAACUGCUCAGUGAUGGCGGUGGAUUGUGAGGACCGGCGAUACUGCUUCCAGAUCACCACUCCUAAUGGAAAAUCGGGAAUAAUCCUCCAGGCAGAGAGCAGAAAAGAAAAUGAAGAGUGGAUAUGUGCAAUUCACAACAUCUCCAGGCAGAUCUACCUGACUGACAACCCAGAGGCAGUCGCCAUCAAGUUGAAUCAGCCAGCUCUCCAGGCGGUGACCCCCAUUACAAGUUUUGGAAAGAAACAAGAAACCUCCUGUCCCAGCCAGAACCCGAAAAAUUCAGAGACAGAAAAUGACAAGAUUGUUCCCAAAUCAACAGUCAGUAUUCCUGAAACAGAAGAACUGAUCGCACCUGGAACACCUAUUCAAUUUGAUAUUGUUCUUCCUGCUACAGAGUUCCUUGAUCAGAACAGAGGCAGCAGGCGUACCAACCCUUUUGGUGAAACUGAGGAUGAGUCAUUUCCUGAAGCAGAAGAUUCUCUUCUGCAGCAGAUGUUUAUAGUUCGGUUUUUGGGAUCAAUGGCCGUGAAGACAGACAGCACAACUGAGGUGAUUUACGAAGCCAUGAGACAAGUACUGGCUGCUCGGGCUAUUCACAACAUCUUCCGUAUGACAGAAUCCCAUCUGAUGGUCACCAGUCAAACUCUGAGGUACAUUCAGUUUCCUUCACAGACUCUCUUAUGCUCCCUCUGAUUCCCCUUUCAGAAGGCAUAUUCACCCAUCUGGAAUGUUAGUGCUAGAAUAUUUGAAUGGAUUAAAUGAAGAUGCUACUCAUUUACCCCUACCAUUUUUUACACUUGCAUUUUAUAUGGUAUACAGAAUAGAAGAUGUUCCCUUAAAGACAAGAACUGGCCAAGAGUAGUGGUACAUGCCUACAGUCCCAGAACUUGGGAGACUGUGGCAAGAGAACCAAAGUUGAAGGCCAGCCUGGGCUGCAGAGUGAGACCUAUCUCCAAAAAGGAAAAAACUGACAUCUUUGAAAUUCACUCCCUUAGAUAAGUGCUUGAGACUUCAAAAUAUGUGUAUAUACAUAAUGCUGUAUCUUGGAGAUGGGAGCUGUGUUUAAACACAACAUCAUAUAUGUUGCCUAUCUGUAUCCUAAAGGUAAUGGUACAUAAUAUUCUUAAUAAUUUGUUCAGGAAAAAAGUCAUGGUGUGGAAUUUUGUACUUGUGGCAUCAUGUCAGCAGCACAUUUUGCAUUUUCAGAUUAGGGAUGCUCAAACUGUACUGUGUUCAUGGAGAUGCUUAUUCUCUGUCAUAAAUCAGAGGGUUUUUUUCCAUUUGAGAAAGGACAUGAAUCUGCCUAAAAUAAAUAGACCACCACAGAAAACAAGAUUAACUUUGUGAAGAGGAUAAAAACUAUGAGGCU